AUGAACCUUCAAUGUCUGCAGCCAGCUCAUCGUCUCUCUUUGCUGAUGGAGCUCUUGCUUAUGGAGAAGUUGGCCUUCUCUGUUAAGGUCUCCUCUCCCCAGGAACUCCCUGGGAGAGCUCCUGCCUCUCUCUACCUUGCAUUUCACACCACAGCCAGGGCACGAAUCCUGCUGAUUCAUCUAUUUUUGCCCUUUGUCAUGUAUGGAAAGAAAGGAAGGAUGAAUGGACGGUCUUUGAUUGGCGCCGCUGGUGACGCCCCUCCUGGUUCUCUUUGGAGGGACCCUUUUGGAAAAAAAGCUGGUGAGGCAGCGCGCAGAGGCUUCCCCUGGCUAAGCUUGGCCCUGGCCCAUGGGCCACCAGAACAGGAGCCAGAGGAAGAGCUAUCCAUGGAGGACAGCCCCACUGUGGUUAAACUGGACCAGGGUGGAAAUCAGGGUCCACCAGUUCACAAGAGAAGAUGCCUCCCCAAGUCACUUGGCUACAUAACUGGUGAUAUGAAAGAAUUUGCCAACUGGCUUAAAGACAAACCCCAGGUGCUCCAGUUCGUCGACUGGGUCCUUCGGGGCAUAUCCCAAGUGGUGUUUGUCAGCAACCCCAUCAGCGGAAUCCUGAUUCUGGUGGGACUCCUGGUCCAGAACCCCUGGUGGGCGCUCAGUGGCUGUGUGGGAACUGUGGUCUCCACCCUGACAGCCCUGUUACUCGGUCAGGACAGGUCCACCAUUGCAGCAGGGCUCCAGGGCUACAAUGCCACCCUGGUGGGAAUCCUCAUGGCUGUCUUUUCAGACAAGGGAAACUAUUUCUGGUGGCUGUUAUUCCCUGUAUCUGUUAUGUCCAUGACUUGUCCAAUUUUCUCAAGCGCGUUGAACUCCGUGUUCUGCAAAUGGGACCUCCCUGUCUUCACCCUGCCCUUCAACAUGGCGUUGUCAAUGUACCUUUCUGCCACGGGACAUUACAAUCCAUUUUUCCCAAGCAAAUUGUUCACACCUGUAACCUCAGUUCCCAAUGUCACCUGGUCUGACCUCAGUGCCCUGCAGUUACUGAAGUCCCUGCCCGUGGGUGUUGGUCAGAUAUAUGGCUGUGAUAAUCCGUGGACAGGGGGCAUCUUCCUAGGCGCCAUCCUCCUCUCCUCCCCACUCAUGUGCCUACAUGCUGCGAUCGGGUCGUUGCUGGGGAUGGCAGCAGGACUCAGUCUUUCAGCUCCAUUUGAGAACAUCUACUUUGGACUCUGGGGUUUCAACAGCUCUCUAACCUGCAUUGCAAUUGGAGGAAUGUUCAUGGCACUCACCUGGCAAACCCACCUCCUGGCUCUUGCCUGCGCCCUGUUCACUGCCUACAUUGGAGCCAGCAUGUCCAACCUAAUGGCUGUGGUCGGAUUGCCAUCUUGUACCUGGCCCUUCUGUUUGGCAACACUACUGUUCCUCCUGCUGACCACGAAAAACCCCAACAUCUAUAAGAUGCCCCUCAGUAAAGUCACUUAUCCUGAAGAAAACCGCAUCUUCUACCUACAAGUCAAGAAAAGGAUGGUUGAAAGCCCUUUGUGAAUGCAACCCCCAUCCACAGCCAUGGUCACAAGUCAUUUCUGACUAGCUGCCCCAGUUGACUUCGAGGGUCUCAAAACUGUUGUUUUUACGAGUAACACAUUUCAUACUAAGCCAUCGGUGAUCUGUUCUUUUGCUCAUUUUGUAUUUUUCUUUCAGACUCCAAAACAUGCCCAAACAAGUGACAAGACACAUCAAGGUAAUGUGCUCUGGCUAUGGAAUUUUAAACCCCAGUGGGGCAUUGGCACUGAGACUGUACUGUAUUUAUAAAGUCAGAAUGGUCCACCAGAAAGAGGAAGUAAGACCAAAGCUAAUUAUUGAUAUUUAUUGAUAUUCUUGGUGUUUGGUUGUACAUGAUGUUAACAGUAUUAAAAAAUUAAUCUCUAUAAACCAACUAAGCCUUAAGUGAAUGGAAUUCAGAGUCACAAAAUCAAAGUCAACCCAGAAUUCUCAGAUAAGCCAUUUGGCUUAUUUAAAAUCAAUGCAAGUUACACAUUACGGCAGUGGUCAACAUCGCAGGGCCCGUCACUGAGCUCUUUCCCCAGCUCCUCAGCAGAACCGCCUCCAUGCUGUCCCAU